UUGUCAUGAACGACGCUCUUUUUUAGGCUUUAGCUACCCAACAAAACUCGAAUUUUCCAAGCUAAUUCUGCGUACGAAACGAGAUUCCGGGGAGAAAAAGAGAAAAGAAAAGGGAAAACCAGACCAAAAAGAAGAGCGCAGGGGCAAAAGCAAAGCGUGCAACGGUCUAAAGCAAAGGCAGCGCGGAGUCGAGCAAUCAUUUUGGCUUCUCACUCACGGGGAACGGCCCCUCUUCUUCCUCUUCGUCUCUGCCUUUACUUUCUGUUUUCCUUUCGGGAAAUUCUUGUUUUUUUUUUUAAGUUUUAAAUAAGAGGGAGAGAGAGCUACUGCAGCUGCGACGGACCAAAAGGGAAUCUGAGCUGCCGAAUGACUCUACUUUCCCUUCCCUUUUGAGCUAGCUCCUCCUUGCAAAGUUAUGGCUGACGACGAUCUCUGUUGCUUCCCUAAGGUCUUUUUUCUCAAUCUCAAUCUCCUCACCUUCUAUUUAUUAAUAAUUCAGCUUCCUUUUUCAUUGAUGGGUACUGACAAGUGCUUUUCUUUUCUUCUGAUGAUGUUGAGUGCUGUUAGUUUAAAUUCAGUGUUUGUAGAUGGUUGCAUGUCUUCCUUCAUACUGCCUGAUCUGGUUUAUAUGUUGCUAAUGCUUUGCUUUUCCAACGUUUCCGGGUUUUAUGUUUUCAGCUUUCAAGCACUUCCCGUCAAUCCUUUUCAUGGAGGAUUUUAUGGGCUCUAUUUGUUUGUAGUGAAGUGUGGAUCUUUCCUAGAAAAAUAGGAAAGCCCCGUCUGAAAUGUUCUACCUUUCUUCAGAUUUAGAGUUAUUCACUUCUGGGUUUUGCUUAUGGAGCUGAGUGCUCCUUGGUUGGUUGUGUAAGGUGCCUUUCUGGUUAUGUAGGCUUCAGCAAAGCUUUAACUUAUGGGUCAUAUUCAUGCUCGGCAGGAUUCUUUCCUUGGUAAAGCACCUAAGAAGUCCCCAUUGCUCUUGAGAAUGGUUGUUGUGGUGCUUCUAAUGGCCUGCAGCCUGUACAUAUCAUCAGUCUGUCUCAAGCAAGUUGGUAUUGUCAGUGUCAACAGCCCGGGGAUUAUCAAGAUUGUUGAAAAGCAUUGUCCGGUGCCUAAUAUUGAGCCAUGGGAGAUACCAUAUGUGCAUUACCCGAAACCCAAGAUGUAUAGUAGGGCAGAAUGCGAGUGCAGCCCUGUCCGGUAUUUUGCAAUUUUGUCAAUGCAGAGGUCUGGAAGUGGAUGGUUUGAGACUUUGUUGAACAACCAUACUAAUAUAAGCUCAAAUGGAGAGAUUUUCUCUGUUAAAAUACGGAGGAGAAAUGUGUCGACCAUUGUUGAGACUUUGGACAGAGUCUUUAACUUAGACUGGUUGAGUAGUGCCUCUAAGAAUGAGUGCACGGCUGCAGUGGGAUUCAAGUGGAUGCUUAAUCAGGGUGUGAUGCAACAUCCUGACGAAGUUGUGGAGUACUUUAGAACUAGGGGGGUUUCAGCUAUCUUCCUCUUCCGGAGAAAUCGCUUGCGCCGAAUGAUUUCCGUACUAGCAAAUGAAUAUGAUCGAGAGGCAAAGCUGUUGAACGGGACCCACAAGUCGCACGUCCAUUCACCUCACGAGGUACUCCACACUCCUGCUUUACUGACGACCAUCUUCUCCAUACUUUAUUUGACAGAAUCUCAUUUCAGGCAGAGAUACUAGCUAGGUACAAGCCCUUAAUCAACACAACCCUGCUGAUUCACAACCUGAAGCAAGUAGAGAAUAUAACUGCACAAGCCUUGGAGUACUUCAAAAGCACCAGACACAUGAUUCUUUACUACGAAGACAUAGUAAAGAAUCACACUGUAAGCAGGGAGCCAUUUCAUCAGCAAAUGUGACACCAAAGCUGUGCAUGAUUCAUGGGAGACUGAAGUCUUUAUUCUUUUGUUUGCAGAAACUGUAUGAAGUCCUAGACUUUCUGAAGGUUCCGCAGAGAGAGCUGAAGAGCCGGCAAGUGAAGAUUCACAAAGGAUCCUUAUCGAAUCAUGUUGAGAACUGGGAGGAAGUCCAAGCGGCACUACAAGGAACACAAUAUAAAGCCUUCCUCGAUAUAGAUUACUAGUAACUGUAUUGUACAUAAGACAUCCCUUUCUUUCUUUUCCCUUUUCAAGUUUCCUCACCCUUUUGUCAUGAUAGGUAUAGAGGUUUUACAUGCCUAGCCUUCUUCCUGUUGAGAAAUUUUGGUUUUUCAGAUGUGGGGUUUCUUUAUAUGGUCGACAGACAUUCCGGAGUAAAGUUAACAUUAUAUUCAUUCUUUACAGAAGAAGCUCAUUGUACCAGAGAUUAUCAGAAGUAAGGAAUACGAGGCACUGCCAGUUUUAACUUCGCACUGCUCUUACUUCGUUUUUAUGUAAGAUAUUCUUGUGUGGCAAUGAGACUUCUGAAACGG